GGCGGCGUCGGGGCGCAGUGAGCGGGAUGGAGCUGGGUGCGAGGUUGGCGAUGGGGCUGGAGAGCGUGAGACAGCGCGAGCUGGAUGGCUGGGUGGCCGCCCAUCUGCAACCCAGCCCGGAAUUCAGCACGGCGGUGAGGCAGACGGUGAAGGACAUCUGCGACUUCCUCAAGGAGCGCUGCUUCGAGGGCAUCCGCGUACUCAAGACCGUCAAGGGCGGCUCGGCGGGGAAGGGCACGGCGCUGCGCAACAACUCGGAUGCCGAUGUGGUGCUCUUCGUCAACUGCUUCUCCAGCUACCAGGAGCAGGAGGAGCAGCGGGGCCGCAUCCUCGCCAUCAUCGAGAGGCGGCUCUACGAGUGUCCCCCGGCGUCGUCCAGUGUCAGAAUCAGCACUCCGUGCUACAAGGACAGCCGGGACAGACCGCGCUCCCUCAGCCUCACCCUCUCCUCCUACACCUCCGGCGAGUCCAUCGACGUCGACAUCCUGCCUGCCUACGAUGUGCUGGGGCAGGUGAUUGAGGAUGCCCGCCCACACCCCGAGGUCUAUGUGAAGCUGUUGGCCACGUGCUGUGGCCCUGGCGAUUUCUCCCCCAGCUUCACAGAACUGCAGAAGAACUUUGUGAAGUGGCGCCCUGCUAAGCUGAAGGACCUGGUGCGCCUGGUCAAGCACUGGUACAAGCAAGUGCUGAAGCCGCAGUACCCCAAUGCUAAGCUGCCCCCCAAGUAUGCGCUGGAGCUGCUGACCAUCUAUGCCUGGGAGGAGGGCACAGACAGGGAGGACUUCAGCAUGGCCGAGGGCUUCUGCACUGUGCUGGAGCUGCUUGGCCGGUACCAGGACAUCUGUAUUUACUGGGAGAAGUACUAUUCCCUGCAGGAUGAAAGGAUCGGUGCCUACCUGAAGAAGCAGCUGUGCCAGCCCCGCCCUGUCAUUCUGGAUCCUGCUGACCCCACUGGCAUCCUGGGCCAAGACAAGAGCUGGGACUUGGUGGCCAAGGAGGCAGCCCGGAGCCGUCAUUCACUGCCCUGCGUCAAUGCUACCCGCUCCUGGGAUGUGCAGCCUGCCCGAUCUGUGACGGUGCAAGUGAAGCAGUUGCAGGGCAUCAGCCUGAGCAGGAAAGUCAGACCCAGCACCCAAGUCUGGGAGCUGAAGAGGGAGAUAGAGAAGGAGUGGGGCAUCCCCUGCUACCAGCAGCGCCUGGCCCUGCAGCAGAACUUCAGCAACUGCCCCAGUGUGCUGCAGGAUGGGGACAGCCUGGCCACCCAUGGCCUUUUCUACGACGUCACGUUGCUGCUGCUGCACACAGAGCCCCAGCAGAUGGAUGUCCUGGUGAAGGACAGCAACAACAAGACCACUGUCUACACCGUACGGCCCAGCGACACCGUGCGGCAGCUGAAGCAGCAGAUCUGUGCACGGCAGGGCCUGGCUGUGGAGCAGCAGCGCCUGACCUACGAGACCAGGGAGCUGGAGAACAACCACAGGCUGGAGCACUACGGCGUGCAGCCCCACAGCACCAUCUACCUGCUGCUGCGGCUGCGGGGUGGUGCGGGACUCCUUCCCCGAUGGUUUGUGCCCUCCUGAGCUACCCUAAUCCCCAGCCUGCAGCCCUGCCCCAAGCCUGGGAAUAAAACCUUGUGAAACAUUCUCGUA